AUGCGGAAAAUACGCCGCAGAGCCUUGAGGUAUAGUACAACACGUUGGCAGCUCUGCUGCCUGCUUGAAGAACAAAUGACUGGCUCCUGGCUCUCGAAAUAUCAACGGGUUGAGAACAGCAGCCGCCAGGGGAGACUGAGCGAGCUAGGGGAAGGGAGGACUAAAACUCUGAAUGACUCAGUCCCCAGCUCGAGAGGUAUUACUGACUGGCUCACAGCAAAGGAAACGCAUGUAGGGCCAAGCAAUCGAAGCCGGGUCUUAAACCACAAUGAGCCAACCUGCGCUGGCUCUGAUUAUUCGGUGUUGCUAUUCCCGAGGUAUAAAUGCCGUUCGAAAGCCCCCAUUAAUCCCAUCAGAGAUCCAAUAACUUUAGCAUCUCCUUUUCGUCUAUCAGAUUCCAAUCCACAACAAACUUGCGCCAAAUCAUCUUUUACCUUUCGAAAAAUGGGCGUGUAUCUUGGCGACCACAUCCUUUACCUUGUUCCUCGCAACGAGGAUGCGGAAGAGGCAGUAUAUCUUAUGUCCAAUAUCAAUCGCGCCAUAAAUAUCAGGGGUCCGGGAGGCCUGGAAGAAGGGUUUCUCUUUGGCAGAGAAAUUGAAACCAAUGAUGUUAUCCUUGACGGAUAUGGCGUUUCGAAGCACCAUUUUUCUAUCUCCUUCAACGAUUCCACUGGUAUACUCUUGGUUUACUGUAUAUCCUCCCGAGGUUUGACUGUUGGGGAAGAGGAACUUCAAAUGGGCGAUUAUCAGGUCAUCGAAGAUAAUGCUAUUAUCCACUGCGGAAAGCUCGUGUUUCAAGCGGUGUUUCCCGACCGUGGCUCAUCCCAAGCGCACUAUGCAAAACGUUUGGGCCACUAUCUCGGUUCCAGCACCAAACGCCGCAACGUUACUGUGACUGGCGCAUACGCAAACCCAGUCCAGCCUCAUCAGCAUAUUGGGCAAUAUUUGGAGCUUGAGACCCGUAAUAACGGGACAUUUGUAGACACUUCUCUGUUCACAGAUGAUCAAACAGGAGGAAUCUUCGAUGUGAGGAAAUAUAGAAACAGUCAAGAUAUCCUGAAGAUGAAAGAGCAAAUUAGUACUCUUAAGCACCUUCGCCAUGAGAAUAUUGUGCAAUACGUUGACUGCAUCACCGAUCAACAAGGCAAUCUAUGCGUGGUGACAGAACACAUGCCGGAAGGGGACUUGAGCACUUUCAAGCCCUCAAUGCUAAGCGAUGUUGUUGAAAUCCUGCGUCAGUGUCUGAAUGGACUUGGUUGCAUCCAUGCCCAUGACCUCGUGCAUGGAGACAUCAGACCGGACAAUAUUGCGCUACGAUCAGCGUUCCCAAUUGAUGCAAAAAUCUGCGGGUUUGGUUUGGCAGCAGACGGGCCCAUAAAAAACGUGAAGAUAGGAGCUAAGUUCUGGGCACCAGAAGUCUUGCUGAGAUACGAAACCCCUGGCGCGGCAGUGGAUAUUUGGGCCCUUGGGGUGAUCUUGUUACUCCUGUGCGAUGUGUUUCCUCACCGUGAAGCGGAAGCCCUCACUAGAUCACGCAAGAGGAACAGGGACGUAAACUAUCAGCUAGCAAUAGAGUAUGCUUGCGAUAGACUCCCUCCAUCUCUUGCCCAGUUUGCACGAGGGAUGCUCUCUCCCUUUCCAAAUGAGCGCUGGACAGCUGACGAGUGCCUCGAGGAGCUCGGUAGGGUUCAAGUCGAUGUCUCCCCGCACCAUGUUGGGGAAAAUACAGAAUUCUGCGGGAACAGAGGAUUCGAGCGGAGUAAUGAGUCCCCAGUUGAGGCUUUAAACCAGCGGCGGAACGUGGGUGAGAUAUCUUCAUCUUUGAGCUAUCAUAGCCCAUAUAAAUUGCAACAGGGGCAUGUUGUUCUUGUAUUUCUUGACUUGUUCAUGCGUUUUUUUUUUUCUUUUUUUUUUUUGCCGCACUAA